AUGGCCGACAACGCGAGCUCCAGGAUCGACACCCCGACCAACAUCUCCCUGAGCGCCGGCGUCGCCGUGUCCGAGCUGCUGGAGUACAAGACGGUGUCGGUGUUCCUGGUGCUGCUGGUGUGUGGCGUGGGCAUCGUGGGCAACAUCAUGGUGGUGGUGGUGGUGCUCACCACCCGCCACAUGAGGACUCCCACCAACUGUUACCUGGUGAGCCUGGCCAUAGCCGACCUGAUGGUGCUGGUGGCGGCGGGGCUGCCCAACGUGGCCGACAGCCUGACGGGCACGUGGGUCUUCGGCCACGCCGGCUGCCUGGGGAUCACCUACCUCCAGUACCUGGGCAUCAACGCGUCCUCCUGCUCCAUCACCGCCUUCACCGUGGAGAGGUACAUAGCUAUCUGUCAUCCGAUGAAGGCUCAGACCGUGUGCACGGUGUCCCGGGCCAAACGCAUCCUCGCUGGGGUUUGGAUCUUCACCUGUGUCUACUGCAUGCUCUGGUUCUUCCUGGUGGACAUUCAGGUCGGCCCGGACGGACACGUGCAGUGCGGCUACCGAGUGAAGCGGGAGCUCUAUCUGCCCAUCUACCUCACCGACUUCGCCAUCUUCUACGUCAUCCCUCUGCUGCUCGCCAUCGUGCUGUACGGCCUGAUCGCUCGAAUCCUCUACCUCAGCCCUCUGCCCAACCACCCGGACGCCAGCGCCACCACGCUGCGGCGGAGUUGUCGGGAAACCCCUGAACCGGGGAAGGGGGGGCGCCCGGGCCGACCGAAGACGGCGCUCUCCUCCAGGAAACAGGUGACGAAGAUGUUGGCCGUGGUGGUGAUCCUCUUCGCUCUGCUGUGGAUGCCCUACCGGACUUUGGUUCUGAUCAACUCUUUUGUGUCCACGCCGUAUCUGGACGCCUGGUUCCUCCUGUUUUGUCGGACAUGCAUUUACGCCAACAGCGCCAUCAACCCGGUGAUAUACAACGUGAUGUCUCAGAAGUUCCGCUCGGCGUUCCGCGGCCUCUACCGGUGCCAGCGGCCGGAAGGAAUUCAGAGGACACUGUCCACGAUCCAGCCCGGCCUCAGCUCCAGAGACCAGAGAACAUCCCACGCCAACAGCAAAGGAACCAGUGAAAAGACAAAGAUGAUCGUCCUGAGCACCACCACUGAGUUAACUACCCAGCAGAACGGAGGCAGCCACCAGGGGGCGCUCAGCGGCGAGAAGACAGAGCAGUCGUCUGACGUCACAGCCGCUUCGUUCAGGUUCUGUGUGCGUCCUUCAGAGACGUGUCCAUCUGGAGAUAAAGACGUGGAUCAUCCGUCCUCAGACGAUGCUCCGGGGGACGCUGCAGGCAAACAGACACCAGACAAACUGGAAAGCAUGUAA